UUUCAUAUCGGGCUCUGUCAAGCCCGGCCCGGCCCAGAGAAUGAUCAGGUUUAACCCUCCCCUUGCAGCUUGCUCGACCGAGGCAAGCCCCCUGUUUCCUUCCAGGUGGGAGAAAAAAAACAAAUCCCCUGUUUCUGUAGCCUUGUCGUUGUUUUCCUCCCCGUGAGCAACCCCGGCUCCUACUGACUCCACCGUUUCAUCGCCACCGCCGCCGACGCUGCCAUGAACCAGCCGGUGCAGAAGAACACCCUCUACGUAGGUGGGCUGGCGGAGGAGGUGGACGAGAAGAUCCUGCACGCGGCGUUUGUGCCGUUCGGGGAGGUCAAGGACGUCAAGACACCGCUCGACCAGGCCACGCAGAAGCGCCGCUCCUUCGGCUUCGUCACGUUCCUCGAGCGCGAGGACACCGCCGCUGCCAUGGACAACAUGGACGGCGCCGAGCUCUUCGGCCGCGUGCUCACCGUCAACUACGCCGGCGGAGCCCCGCGUCGCCCUCCCGCGGGCGACACGGGCGCUAACCCUAGCCGCCCCCGAACUCCUCCUCCCCCGUCGCCUUCCUCCCCCGCCGCCGCCGGCGGCGGGCCUCCCGGUUUUCGCCCUCUUGGGCAGCUUCGGGCGGUGUGGGGCGCUCGUUCUGCAGGGGGUGUGGGAGACGGCGUGGCAAGCUGACGGAGGCGAGCAGGAGCGUGCGACCUCGCGGAGGCGUGCAGCGACGGGCGCGCGCGUGGCUCGUGGAGGCGUGGAUCUGGGCGCGGCAAGUUGGCGUCGCCGGGCGCGCGUGGCUCGCGGAGGCGCGGAGGGCGCGGCGAGCUGGCACCGACGGAGGCGACGGGCGCGGGCGGGUCGCGGAGGCGCACGGCUGGACGCGGCGCGCGGGGGCGCUCGGCUGCAGGGGAGCACGGCGAGCGGUGGAUGCGACAUGGCGCGGCGGCCAGAUCCGGGGCGCAGCGUGUGGAGGUCGCCCCUGCACGGAUCUGCGGCCUGUCGGUCGCGUGGGGCUCCGGGAAGGCCGGAUCUGGCGCGUAGGAGGGGAGCUGGGCGGGAAGACUACGGGCAGCGCGGAUCUGGGCGUGGUGGCGCGUGGUGACCGCGGCCGGUUCUUGACCGCGGGCGGUGCUGGAGCAGAGGGGCUCCGGUCGCGGUUUGGAUGCGGGGUGCAGGACCCGUUCUGGUCUCUGCAGGCCCGUCGUUGGGGAGGCUUGAUGGUGGCCCUGCACAGCGAUGGCGCGCUUGCCGUGUGUGGGGUGCGCGGUCCAGUGGAGGCAAGGGUCGACUUCGGCCUGCUGCGUGGGAGUGGCUGCCCGGGUGAAAGCCUGGCCGGUGAUGGCCGGCCAGCGGCGACGGCGCCUGUGGGCGUCGCCAUCCUCCUUGGAGGCGUCGUCAGGAAUCUCACAGCCGGAGCUCUCGGAUCAAGUACUUCGGGUGAAAACCUAGAUCCUGCUGCAGGGUCAGGCGGUGGCGUCGUCUUGAACGUCGUUCCCCUCUUUAGGGCGCCGUCUUGAAGACUUUGAUCCCUGUGGUGCCUUCCUACGACUGGACGUGCAUGGUGGCUCCUGUGGCAAUGAUGACGGCGGUGAGCAAUGCCGGAGGCGUGGCCCUGGUCGUGGUAGCCGGCUCUUCUUCUCCGACGUGUCCGUGUGAGUGCCUCGAAUGUCUGUUGCUGUGAAAUCGAAGCCGCGGUGGGGGACCGGUGGUAUACGAUGACACGUGACAGGUGGUUCGUUCGGUGAUCCUCCGUGACGCCACCCCUGCCCAGUUUCCUUAGUAGUUCACCGUCGGAGUCGGAGCUGCGCUGCCUAGUGUGGUUUGUAAGGAGUGUUGUGUUAUAGCUACUAGGGCUGCUGUAUUUCUUUUUUCUUUUUUGAUCUUCGGAUCCUUUGGUCCUAGGAUCUUCACCACCUUGUUAUUUUCCGUUGCUUCCUGCUAUUAUCAAUGAAUGCCAGCAAUGCUGGAUCUUUCAAAAAAAACUAUGC